AUGAUUUACUUAAAACUUAAGAGGACGUUGGAUUCGUACACUGAAAAAAAAGUUUUUUUCCACCCAGAAUACAAAAUCCACUGUAUCAUAAACAUUUCGUAUGCAUCUGUGUCAAGUGAGGUUAAGUCGGCCAUAUUUUUAUUUUGGUAUUUUGCUAAGAAGGAAACCGAUGUAGGAAAAAAACUUUGGUAUUCUCCACACAGGUAUACCAGUUUCUUUACAGGAGGGAAAAAUUUCCUAGAUACUCUGAAAGUGAGAUGCACAAAUAAUUAUCAAUGUAGCAGUCGAAUGAAACAUUCGGAGUGUCAGAACAGUAUUUGUGUCUGUAAGCCAAAUUACAGAGCUACUUACGACAAUAAAUGUAUACCACUUUUUGGCGUCGAAUGUUCCUUGGAUGAUCCUUGUGGGACACCUAAUUCCGCCUGCAUUAAUAAAAAGUGUCAGUGCCUUCGUUAUUAUGUGUUUCAAAACGAAAGAUGCGUACAAAGUCGGCUGAAUGGAUAUUGUAAAAACAACGAGGACUGCAGCGGGAUAGCCAAUGCAAAGUGUUUGAAGAAUCGAUGCAUCUGCAAAGAUAACUAUCAAAGGCUGAAUGGUUUUGCAUGUGGGGCUAAUUUGGAAGGAAAUUGUAGGACAGAUGAGGAAUGUAUGGUGCCAAAUUCCGUCUGCAUUGAUAAGAAGUGUCAGUGCAGACCUAAUCACCUUGCCCUGGGGAUUACGAAGUGCAUUGAAGCGGAGACAUUGUUCGGAUGUAGUUCCAAUCCAGAGUGUAGCGACAUCUGGCACGCCAAGUGUUCUGACAGGAAUAAAUGCGUGUGCAGAGAAAACAAUAUUGCAGACGGAACAUCAUGCUUGCCCUUACUUAGUGGUUAUUGUUGGCGUGAUGAUCAAUGCAGAGCCCACAAUUCGGUCUGCGUUGAUUUUCGGUCGUACCACAGUAACGACGACGAUGCAUGCCAAGCUACAGGAAAAUCGUGUAAUCCGGAGGACGCAGUUCCGUGCUGUGACGAUGCAGUUUCAUGCCAAGCGAGUGAGACGCCCGGGUUGUACAUCUGCAUGGAGCAAGAACAAUUGGGAUCGCAAUGCAUCUACACUUCCGAUUGUUUAAAAUUCCACAACGCCGACUGUAUCAACAAUAAGUGUGGAUGCAGUUUGAACUACAUUCAAUUAAAUUCCACAUACUGUGCCCCAAAAUUGGGCGUCUUUUGCGCUAAAGAAGCCUGCGCAGUUAGAAAUUCUGUCUGCAUUGAUUGCAAGUGUCAAUGCAGUCCGAAUUUCUCACAAUCUCUCGAUCACUGUCUCGCAACUAAUUUGAACCAAUCGUGUUCCGUCAAUACAGAUUGCGACGGAAUUCUAUUCGCGGAAUGUUCCACCGCAAAAACAUGUUCCUGUCAAUCGAAUUACAUUCAACGUGGUUCUAAUCAAUGUCUUUCAGCCCUGGACGAGGCCUGUUUCGGGCAUAGUUCCUGCGCAGCUGCUAAUUCACUGUGCAUUGACUAUAAAUGUCAAUGCAAGCCAAGAUACGCCUCUUUAUCUAACUCUGAAUGCGUACCAAUUCGUAUCAAUGGAGUCUGCAGAGAUAAUUUUGACUGUCAGGAUUCGUUAAAUACAAUUUGUACUGAUAAUAAGUGUCAAUGUGACCAAGAUAGCUUCGAAGCGGACGGCAAGUGCGUAGCACUUUUGGGUGGAUUUUGUUUGACAAACAGCGACUGCAUCGUUGGAAACUCGUCCUGCAUUGACCAUGUCUGUCAAUGCAGUCACAAUUACAAACCAAUCGGUCGGAAUAGCUGCAAGCCAAAAUUACUUGGAUCAGCGUGCGAACUCGACGAAGACUGCGAUUUCAUUAAAAACGCUAAGUGUGUAGACAAUGUGUGCCAAUGCAGGGACAAAUACUUUGGAAACAGCGAUUUUUUGUGCUCACCAAUCAUCGGCGGUCGCUGUUCUAACAAAUCCGAGUGCUUUCUUAACAAUCUCGAGUGCAUUGACGGCCAAUGUCAAUGCAGUGAGGGUUCAUCGGCUAUUUCAAGUAGUCAAUGCUUGACAACCUCUUUGAUGUUUUCUUGUCAGCAUGUCUCAGAAUGCGCCGAUAUUUUACACUUUGAAUGUUUAAACAAUAAAUGUGUCUGCAAAGCUGAUAAUAAUAUUUCGUUGAGUAGAGCGAUGUGCUUGCCACUCCUUGGCGGGAUUUGUUGGAAGAACGAUCAAUGCAUUGCUGAAAAUUCGGCCUGCAUUGACUUUAGGUGUCAAUGUAAUUCUGGUUACGUAGCUGCGGCUAAAAACUUUAUUCGUGUUAACAAUUCAAUGUGUGACGGAAAGUGUAGAUGCCUUCCGAAUUAUCACUUCAAAAAUGGAGGGUGCUUGCCAAAAAUCGGCAACCAUUGUGUGGACGAACAAUGUGCAGCUGAUAACUCUGACUGCAUUAACCAGAAGUGUCAAUGCAAGCAAGGAUAUAGUUUUUACUAUAAUAAUUGUAUGUUAGUGUUCAUGAAUAUCUCAUGCGACAUGGACGCUGAUUGUGAUGGAAAUGGCAAUGCAGUAUGCUCGAGACGUGAAUGUUAUUGUAAAGUAGGUUACAUACUAAAAAAUAAUAUCUGUGUGUCAGUAGAUGAAAAAUUCUGCUCUUCAACGGAUCGAUGCCUGCGAAGAAAUUUCGAGUGCAUUGAUAAUGAAUGCAAAUGCACCUCUGACUCGUUGUUACUCAAAAGCGGAUUGUGUUUGUCAACUAAAUUGGGACAAUACUGUGCAGAGGAGAAUGAAUGCCAACUUAUAAAGAACGCAAAAUGUUCGAGGACGCAAAAAUGUGUUUGCAAGUCAUCAUACUUCCCCUUGAGUGCUACGACAUGUGGAUCGUUACUUGGCGGCUUUUGUUGGGACAAAAGCGACUGCCCGGCGCCGAAUUUCGAAUGCAUUGACGAUAAGUGUCAAUGUAGUGCUGGAUUUGUGCCUCUGACCAGCAGCAACUGCAUUGACGAAAAUUUGACGUUGCUUUGCAAUCAUCGGACACUUUUAGCUCCAGCUGCACGGAACACAACACUGCUAGCAAAAUAUUUAGGAACCUCACUGGGCCAUCCUUGUAAGGUUGAUUUCGAUUGCAAGAACAUAAAAAAUGGUCAUUGCUCGGCUGAUAAAUUCUGCGCUUGCGUCGCCAAUCACUUUGGACUCUCUAAAUAUCAAUGCAUUCCAAGUUUAGGCGGCGAUUGCAAUGAUAAUAACGAUUGUACGGUUUAUGCUUCUGAGUGCAUUGAUAAUAAGUGUCAAUGCAAUGCUAACUACUCGGCUGUAUCCGGCAGUCAAUGUAAACUAACUUUGUCACUGGUCGAAUGCAACAAAACUCUGGAUUGCGGCGAGCAUUGGCAUUCAACAUGUUCUCUCAAUGGAAGAUGUAUUUGCCAUAAAAACAGUUUCAUGGUGAAUUUAUGGACGUGUCAACCUACUUUGGGCGGCGCAUGCUGGUAUGACCAUCAAUGCAUCACCAAAAAUUCCUUCUGCAUUGAUUUCCGGUGUCGAUGCGGUGAAUUUUUUACCCGUUUGUCCGACAAUCAAUGUAUAUCUACACUAUUACCUAGUGCUCUCGAAUAUAAAAGUUUACGUUUUACAUAG